CACUGUAUUAUUUUGUUUAUUUACAUUAAGAGUUUCUAAAAUUACUUUGAAAAGUUAAUUUGUUCAUAUAUUUCGAGAUGUUGAAAAUAUUUAUACCCGAAGUAAACACGUUUCACAAUCUCAAAUGUGGAGAAAUACUUUGCAUAAGCUCAACUCUUUACAAAGUCGCUUGCUGCUUUUGUGGACAUCAUAUAGAAUUUUCUCAAUUUCCUCAACAUUUGCAAGAUGAACAUUUAAUAUCGUCAAUAUCCCACAAAGAAAUAAAUGACAAUAGACAAAACACUAAAAAACAACGUCCAUCAAUUAAAAUGCAAGACCAAUACACCCAAAGUGAAUGCCGUUCAUUAGAACAGGACGUAAUAAAUGAGGAUGUGGAACUUUCAACAUUUUUAGAGAAUGCAAGAAGGGAAAUUAAAGAUGAGAAUUCUGUUGAUAUAGAUGAUUUCGAAGUGGAAACAAAAUUAGUUGAUGAAAAAAAAGUGAUUAUGAACCCUUUACAAACUUCGACUGAUGCAGAUGCAGAUGAUGUUAAUUGGAAUGAUAUGGAUCUUGAAUUAACAAAUGAAUCAACAGAUGAUGAAGAUGUACAAUAUUCUUGCCCUUAUUGUACAAGAAAAUUCAAGCGCAAACGAAACUUAGCUGACCAUUUCCGAGUCCAUCACGAUUUAGCCCUACCUCUUGAUGUAUCGAGUUUGAAAAAAAGAAGGGUACGUAAGCAUAAGUGCGAAAUCUGUGGUGCAGCGUUCUAUAGUGCAGGAGUUUUAAAUACUCACAAACUCAUACAUUUAGGAAAUAAAAAUUAUAAGUGUACAGAGUGUGAUAAAAGUUAUGCUCAGGGACCUAGUUUAUUUUCGCAUAUCAAAAGGCAUCACCCCAAUGUAUCUUGGAAGAUGUCACGGAAUGUUAAUUAGAUAAUUUAAUGAAAAUUAUAAUUAG